AUGUCGAAAUCAAAUCAAAAUCUGCCCAGUUCAUUAAAUGAUGCUGUGCUAAAAGCCUCGGAAGCGGUGCCUGAAGAUUACACCAAAAUUGAAGGAAUUGAUUAUACGAAACCAGAAGCGACUGAUAUGAGGGCUUCCGAUUUGAUUGGAGCUAUGAAGAAUAUGGGAUUUCAGGCUAGUAAUGUAGGUCGUGGUUGUGAAAUUAUUGAUAAAAUGAGAUCAUGGCGUGGGAAACAUAUUGACGAAUUGGAAGAACACCAGCGCAAGGGCUCAUUUGACGAUGAUGGAUACCAGAAAACCACGAUUUUUAUGGGUUACACUUCUAAUUUGAUAAGUUCGGGGCUUCGUGAAACUUUGAGAUACUUAGUUCAGCAUAAAAUGGUUAGUGCCAUUGUGGCCACUGCAGGUGGUAUUGAAGAAGAUCUUAUCAAAUGUUUAGCUCCAACGUACUUGGGUGAUUUUGCAUUGAAAGGUGGCCCGCUACGUGAGAAAGGCUUAAACCGUAUUGGGAACUUGCUAGUACCCAAUGACAACUAUUGUAAGUUCGAAGAGUGGAUCGUACCAAUUUUGGACAAAAUGUUGGAAGAACAGGAAAAAUACGUUUCUGAACAAGGUAGCAGCUGUUUUGAUGCUAAUUCGGAAGUGGAUUCUCCCAUGUGGACUCCAUCCAAGCUCAUUGAUCGCCUGGGUAAAGAGAUCAACGAUGAGUCUUCAGUGCUUUAUUGGGCUCACAAAAACCAAAUUCCAAUUUUCUGUCCUGCCAUUACAGACGGAUCCAUUGGUGACAUGUUGUUUUUCCACACUUUUAAAUCGUCUCCCAAGCAACUCAGAUUGGAUAUCGUAUCGGAUAUCCGCAAAAUAAACAGUCUUUCCAUGGAAGCAUCUCGGGCAGGUAUGAUAUUGCUGGGUGGAGGUCUUAUCAAGCACCAUAUUGCUAACGCCUGUUUGAUGAGAAAUGGAGCCGAUUAUGCGGUUUACAUCAACACAGGUCAAGAAUUUGACGGGUCAGAUGCGGGUGCUAGACCCGACGAAGCCGUUUCAUGGGGAAAAAUUAAAGCCGAAGCAGAAUCUGUCAAGAUUUACGUCGAUGCUACUGUGGUUUUCCCACUGAUGGUAGCUGCUACGUUUGCGAGCGGAAAAGUUGCAACAAAGAUUUAG